CACGCACAAACACGCACGCUUCAUGCUAUGUAUGUACGAUCAGCUAUUUACAAUGAAUCUCGAACACAGAACUGCGACCUCCCCCUCCAUUUCGACCACCUCCCACGGCUUCCACACUCUUACUUUCCGUCCGACCUCCACCACAGUAGUGCGCGGCUGCACAACGAACAGCACCAUCACUUCCUCUCCGCUCUCUUCCUCGCCCCCCUUCUCGAUCACGGUACACAUAGCGAGCCUCGAUCGCACACUUCCGAUACCGUCCGAUCGCUUGCUCUGCAACGUGCUCUGCAGGAUCCGGCUGAUGCGAAGCGUGAGGUCUGGGGAACGGCACGCAGUACUGUUCGACAUGGUUUUGUACCAGAGCGAGAGAGACAUGGUUGUUCGGGAGAGGGUCUGACGCGCAAGGUCUGCGAGACCUCCUCUGAGGAAUUUGACCCCUCCCGCCGUCCUCGAACCCUUCUGCCCCUGCGGACUCACCUCCAACCCCACCCUCAUCUCCCUCUCCCCCGCGUCUUCCCAUCCUCCAACACCCGCAGGAACCUCAGGCACCCCAUUCUGCAGCAGAUGCAUGCCUAGAAGCUCGGCUGAUGCAGAGGACGGGUUGUGGAUCACGUCGGUGAGUAGGGCGAUUGACGUGCGUGAGAUGGGGGUGAGUUUCUUGGUCGGCGUCGUUAGAGAUGUGGAGGCGGGG